CGACAGCUAUAAAACCCUAGAAGAUAAACUGAGAGGUCCAUUUCAUUGUCCAAACAUUAACAUGAGAACCACAUCCAAAUGGAGGACGUGAAAAUCAUCACGGUCUCCGAUCUACUCCGGCACGGUCGUUCCCACACCGGAUCAUCAUCUCCCAGCCCUCCGAUCAUCUCUCAUCGAAGCCCUCAACCGCCCCCUGGGCCUUCCACUCCAAACCCUAAUACGAAUCGUAAUGCCCUUACCCUGUUGGGAGACGCGGCUAUUCUUGUUGGAACACUAACUCUCCCAACCUUAACCCUAAAAUGUCCCCAACAAAAUUGCCUCGAAUUCUCCGACGACUCCUCUGCCAUCUGCUGCGACAUAGUCGGACUGGAUCUCCGUAUCAUCGGUAAGAAAAUUCACGUUCUUACCUGGAAUUUCAUUCAUUCUAAGCAUCUUACUGGCGGAUUCUUGGAAAUUGUUAAAUGGGAGUUUCCAGAUUGGAGUCACGGUCUCAGUCAAUGUUCCGGCUUAAUAAUUGAUUCGUUUCCGUUAGGUUCGGGUUCUAGUGAAUCCAAACCUCGCAAUUCUAAAUCCUAUCAAAUUAACGGCAGAUUAGAAUCAGUUAGCCCUGUUUUUGUUGUUCCAUGUUCAUUUAAUGAAUCAAAUUCGUGCAAUUCAAUGAAUCUUCGAGGUUUUCUUGUGAGAAUCAUGGCUUGCGAAUGCAAAUUGUGUGAGUCUAAAGAGUCUGUUGGGGUUUUAUAUCAAGGACCGGAUUGCCAUUCUUUUACUGAACCGGUGGUUGUGUAUUUUUGUGAGUCUGCUUGGUGUUGGCAUCCUGCAAUGACUAAGCUUAUUGGGAAUGUUGUCACGAUCUCGGGAUUGAAGAAGAAGUUGAUUUUCAUGGGGAAGGAGUCUGAUUUGAUGUUUGUUGUUGCGGAGAACUCUGUUUUGCAUUUGCCUAGAUUGUUGAAGAAAUGCGUACCCUUUCCUAGAAAUGUUGUAAAGGGAAAUGGUGAGUGUGGUUCUUAUACUGGCAUUGUCAAUAAUGUGUAUAUGCAAGGGAUGGUAGUUGAGCUGGAUAAAGAAGUGUGGCUUUUACUAACUGAUCAGCUACUCAAGCCACCGCAUGGCCUUAGGGUGGGGGCUGUUAUUUCUGUUAGAAAUGUCCAUUUUGUGAAUCCAAAAUUUUCUUGGGCAAAAUUGCUUGUUCUUGGGGCUUGCUUCAGGACAAGCAUCAAAGUAGAAUCAUUCUCACCAUUAGAGACAGGGUGUCUUAUAGUUUCACAAUCAGAGAGCCAGUUGGGGAAGUUCAUUGAGUCUUUAGCAUUUUCUACCAGGCUGUGGGUACUACUUCUUGUUUCAUGUUUCCAGAAAAAGUUCUCUGGGAUCUUAUCCGGAAAGAAGAUUUUGGGAUCAAAACAUAAGAAAGGACUUGCUCAAAUGUUUGCUAGCUCACAUUUACCUUCGUCAGUGUUUCGAGCACGGCACGGAGUGUUAAUGGAAUUCAAUAAACAUGAAUCAUGUGGCUGUGCUUCUGAACCAUAUCAUGGCAACCUGAAGCUGGUGGUAACCAUCUCCAGUUUUAUCCAUCAUUGUGAGACCCUUUGGAUAAAGACACUGUCACAAUUGGAUAUUGUCCACCCAAGGUCAUGUGGAGGGAAAUCUUAUCCACCAUCAAAAAGGAAGACUUUUCAGAGUGAAGACUUGGGCAUCGUUUUGGUAGGAAGGUUAAAGGUGUCUCCAUCAUCUGGAAGAUUGCAAUUGGUUGACACGACUGGUAGCAUUGAUGCUAUUAUACCAGACCUUCCAUCAAAUUGGAAUCCCGACAGCAUAUUUGAGGUAAUUGAUUAUAGUCUAACUGUGGAAGGCAUACCUGAAUCAGACCAUUUAUGGUUAUUUAGUAAUGAAUCAUUCUCAUGCAGAAGUAUCUUCCAGUGCUUUUCAUCAACAAGAACAAGAAACUUAAAAAUGUUUGUCUACUUUCACCUAUGCAAUGCAACGAGCAGAAAUCUUCCCUUUUAUCCAUCUUUAGACUGUCAGGAUGAAGUAAAUGAAACUGGAAACGGAACAUUCCAUCUUAUCCACAUAACCCACAAAUUUCCUCUGCUGCAGAAGUUUAGAGGUGAUUCAAUGAUAACAAAGAGGUCUAGUGUGUUUGCUGAGGCUAUAGUCUUACCAUGGUAUUUGUUUCUUGCUGGAAAAGAUGGAACUGUGCUUCCAAAUAAGGUUUCAAGGGAUUGUACAGGUGGUAACUGCUUAGAUCAUGCUCCUAGGAAGAGGCACAAGACUGAUUGUGCAUCUAGUUGUGUGAGUCCAGGUUUCAAGGACAAUUUUGGCAUUGCUAGCUCUGAAAAAAGCACUUGUUCUUCUAGGGAGACCUGUGGAGAUCAGAGUUGUCCGAGAAUGAGUUUUUCUCAUGAAAUUCCAUGCUUGGCUACCAUACAAGGUGUUAAUAAUUUUAUUUUUACUAGUUCAGGGUUUUUGUAUAGAACAAAGGCCAAUGCAAAGAUUUCAGUUGUUUGCAAAGAAAGUGCAGAUAAAAUUUUGCUGGAGUUCACAUCUGAGAGUGAUUUGAAGUAUCAGUUGUUGCAGAUCGGUGGUUUUUACUUAAUGAAGCACCAUAUGGAAGACCCCUUCUGUAAUAUUAAGAAGAAUGAUAAUUUCAGUGGUUUUAAAGUUCUUAUGAGUUCUGGAACAUACUUGCGAAGAGUUUCGUUCUCUGCUGAGGUUCUUACAACUGAUAGAUCAUUACAUGAUCCUUCAUUAGGUGAUUCUUCUCUAUGCGAUGAUGAAGUCUUGCCAACAGAUCAGCUAUUGAAGGUUGCCAGUGAUUCUUCUGUUUCAGAUGUCCAUCUUCAUGUCUCUUCCAGUUUAAUAGGUCUCUUUGAGAUAAAUACCAAGGAACUGGGGAAAGGCCUUAAUGUGCCUGGUCGAGGUACAAAUAUAGAGGAGAACUCUUGUCUUUCUUCAGGCAUUGAGGCCAUAAUGACUGCAAGUGGCCUGUCUUCUGAUCCUCCUGGUUCUAAUUGCCUCUUUCCUGAGGGUAACUUGACCUCUAUGCGUGGAGAUGUGAUUGCUUUCCACAGUUUUGAUGAAGGUUCUACUGAAUUUCGUUCAAGCUGUGAAGACUUUCAUGAUCUGCCUCACUACAUGUUUUAUGACGGAACAAACGGUUGCUGCAUUCAUGUUUCAAUGGCCCAUCAAACUGUGAGGAUUUUUGGAUCUGUGGGCCAUCAUCUUUUCCCUACUGGGUUUGGACCUGGCAUAAAUGCAACAUUUCACCGAAUUCUUGAAUUUCGGGGCCAAAAUACAUUGAUGUUAACACCUGUAUCAGUUAUUGUGAUAAACUCAAUCAGGACUAUCAAUGAAGCAUACAGAAAAAAGUGUUUCAAUUUAUGGUCAUCUUCAUUUAUGCACAAAGCUCCCUCCACAAAAUUGGUGGCUUCUUCUGGUUUAAUUUCUGAAUUGAUCCAAUGCUCAAGUGGCAAUCUAAAUCAAUUUCGCUGCAGAGUUGUUGCUGUUCAUGUCCUGGUUCUAGAGAAGAGGAAGAGGAAAUGUAAUGACUUGAAAUCGAACAUGCACUCCAGGCCUCUUAGUGUAGACAUUCCUCUCGCUUGCUUUGUAUUGGAUGAUGGGUCAUCCUCUUGCUGUUGCUGGGCCAAUGCUGAAAGAGCAGCAACUCUGCUGAGGCUGCAUGAACUCCCACCAUCUGCCUUUGAAGCCAGUGGCUGCAUAGGGAAGUGGGUUGGGAUGCAGAACAUCUCUCGGACCUCCACCAUGUAUCGUCUUGAAAGAAUUUUAGAGAAGCAUGACAGGAUUACUGUCAAAAACACUAGGUCAAUCUGUGAUUCUUUUGAUCAAGAUUUUUCUGUUUCUGUUAGUUCAGGAAGGGUGCUUACUGGCUCAACCGAGGACCUCGACUUCCUGAUAUCAGUUAUUUUCAAUGCAUGCAUCAAUACAUUCUGGACUGUUGUUGCUGGAGUGAUGGAUUCUAAUGCAGUCAGCUUGUUAAAAGAACACCUUGUUGAAAUGGAAAUGCCAAUGCCUCCCAUGCAAAAUUUAUGGGCCACAGAAGUUUGUUAUGUUAAUCAGCUGGCUGAGGCCAGGGACAUGAUCCAAAAACUUGUAAAAAGAAAGCACAGAGGAAAACACCGUAGAUAUCAACCAGCAGGACAUGAUGAAAAAGAUAGCUGGCAAGCUGAUUGGUUAGAUUCAAAAUAAUGUCUCCUGGGUCAUUACUACCAAAAUGGGGUUGGCCACUUGUGUAUGAAAGAGGUAAGGUUAUAAAUAUGAGCAGUGCUUAGUAUGAGAUCUUUGACUCCAUAUAUUACUGCUUUUUAACAGAGCUCAACUACCCAUACCUGUGACAAUGAGGUCCCCCUCCCCCUCUUCAUAUCUGCAAAAGCCUUUAAGAACUUAUGAACUGAAUUCAUUCGGAUUGGAUGCUGUCCUCGUAAGACUCAGCCUCGGCUAAUCUAUUCCAAGGCUAUCAAAACCAUGAUAUUAUCAGUAAAGUACUUUUGCUUUGCUGAAGAGUUGAAGCAAGCAUCUACCCAGUAAUUUCUUUGGCUUUAUACAGGCUUCUGACUAGGUGAUUUUUGUGGCUACAAAAGUUGGGAAGGAAAAGGAAGGGGAGAUGGGCUGAGGUGCUCACGCGCUGCUGAGUGAGAGUUAGUGUAAAAGGGGCUGGAGUUUGUGAAUUGUAUAUAGUUAAGGUUGUUUUCCAUGGCUUCUUACAGGUGCCAGAAGAGAACUGCAAAAGCUCAUCGACGUUUUCUGAAAAGGGCUUCUCUCUAGGAAAGGUUUUGGACUUUUACCUAUCCUUUUUAGAUUCCCCAACUAGCUUUUCUGAGUACUUUUGCCCUUUUCUCUCGUCCUUUUACUGUCCCCUAGGGUUCACCAAAGUAAUUUUUUUUUAUAUACUAGUAAAACUACCCAACAUCUUUCCCAUUGGUCACCAUUAGUAAGCAGAUCUAUCUCUGAUGUUUCAUUCACUCAUUUGUUCAUUGGAAUCCUUCAGGUUCAGGCA